ACCUCCCUCCUCCCGUAUCGCUGCCACCUAGGUUGGUCAGCCAAGAAAAUGAGCAACAGAGUGCUGCUUGAAACAGUAGUUGUUCGCGUCAUCGAGUGAAAACAAAACACGAAAGAGAAACCAUACCAGUCAAAAGAGAGAAAUGGCAACGCUGAUCACAGUGACAGAAGAUGAACAACGGCAACCCCUUCUCCUCCAUAGUACUUCACCUAAUAAUGGACAAGAACAAGAGACCACACCUUCCUCAUCAUCCAACGACGUAGAGGAGACGCCACCACCGCCGCCGCCUACUAAUCAACGGCUUAUAUCUCUUGACGUCUUCCGCGGACUCACAGUCGCGCUCAUGAUUUUAGUUGAUGAUGCCGGAGGAGCUUUGCCUUCCAUUAAUCACUCCCCAUGGUUUGGCGUGACACUAGCAGAUUUCGUGAUGCCAUUUUUCCUCUUUGGUGUCGGUGUUUCUAUCGGUUUGGUAUUUAAGAAAAUAUCUAGCAAACCAUUGGCAACAAAGAGAGCCAUAUUGAGGACAAUGAAACUAUUUCUUCUGGGUUUGUUGUUGCAAGGUGGGUAUUUCCAUGGGCGUAACCAUUUAACAUAUGGGGUUGAUGCGGGCAAGAUACGUUGGCUGGGUGUACUACAGAGGAUAUCGAUUGGAUAUCUUUUCGCUUCAAUGUCAGAGAUCUGGCUUGUGGACCAUAUCAUGGUGGACUCACCUCUGGAUUUUGUGAAGAAAUACUAUGUUCAGUGGAUGUUUUCUUUGUUACUCUGUUCAUUGUAUUUGUGCUUGUUAUAUGGCCUUUAUAUUCCAAAUUGGGAAUUUGAAGCUCCAAGAAUGAAUCUGUUUGGUUAUGGAUCUGGUACUCAAAUUGUGAGUGAUUUGUGGAGUGAGGGAAGUCUUAAGCCUCCUUGUAAUGCAGUUGGCCUGAUUGAUAGAUUCUUUCUUGGUGAACAUCAUCUGUAUCAGUGUCCAGUGUACAGAAGAGUAAAGCAAUGGUUCUCACAGCAAUGUAGUGUUAACUCUCCUGACUAUGGACCUUUGCCACCAAAUUCACCUGCUUGGUGCCUUGCUCCAUUUGAUCCUGAGGGCAUCUUAAGUUCCUUGAUGGCUGCUGUCACAUGUUUUUUGGGGUUGCAUUUUGGGCAUAUACUUGUUCAUUUUAAGGACCACAAGCAGAGGGUGUUUUUGUGGUUGAUAUCUUCUUUUUCUUUGCUGAUCACUGGAUAUGUUUUGAAACUGCUUGGCAUUCCCUUUUCUAAACCACUUUAUACAUUGAGCUAUAUGUGCAUCACAGCAGGAGCAUCAGGCUUGCUUUUAACCAUUAUUUUUUAUGUGGUUGAUGUCAAGCAUUUCAAAAAGCCCAUGGUGAUAUUUCAGUGGAUGGGGAUGAACGCGCUCAUUAUUUAUGCUUUGGCUGCCUGUGAACUUUUCCCAGCAGCCCUUCAAGGUUUCUAUUGGCAUUCACCUGAAAACAACUUGGUUGAUGGCACAGAAUCGCUGAUGCAGGCCAUACUCCAUUCAAAGAAGUGGGGAACCCUAGCUUUUGUAAUUGUGGAAAUCUUAUUUUGGUGCCUAGUUGCUGGUUUCCUGCACAUGAAAGGUAUAUAUGUAAGACUGUAAAGCCAUGUACGUAUUGCAAGUUCACCAUGGAAAGUUCACUGUAAAAGCCAUGUAAACUUUAUAAUACAUAACUUCCUUUCACUUUGCCUA